AUGGCAACUUUCGGUAAGGCAGGCUUUAACGCUGUCUCCUACGCGACCUUCCGUCCGAGCUAUCCACCUCAGUUGUUCAAGACGGUGCUUUCGUAUCAUCAGGGGCCGUCCAUGACGCUUUUGGAUUUAGGUGCUGGCCAUGGUCUAAUAUCACGCGAAUUAUCACCCUCAUUUAAAAGAGUGAUAUGUACAGACCCUUCACCAUCAAUGAUUAAACAAGCCAAAGCGUCGACAUCAUCGUCUUUUUCCAAUGUCUCUUUCCAUGAAGCUUCUGCAGAAGACUUGCAUUUUGUCGAUGAUUCAAGUUUGGACAUGGUUGUCGCUGGGCAGGCUGCGCAUUGGUUUGAUUACAAGAAAGUUUGGCCUGAACUAGCAAAGAAGAUCAGGAAAGGAGGGACGUUAGCGUUUUGGGGCUACAAGGAUAAUACCUUUGUAGACUACCCUAAGGCGUCGAAAGUAUUGGACGAGUAUUGUUAUGGCGACAGCACUUUGGGGCCUUAUUGGGAACAGCCCGGACGGAACAUCCUGAGGGACAAAUUGAAAGAUAUUGUUCCGCCAGAAACCGAUUGGGAUGAGGUCACCAGGUAUGAGUAUGAGCCAGGAACCAAUGGCAAAAGAAGUGGUGUUGGAGAUCUGUUGAUGCAUAAGAGGUUGACUCUUGGGGAGAUGGAAGGGUAUGCUAGAACUUUCAGUUCUUUUCACAACUGGGCUGCAGAUCAUCCUGAGAGAAAAGCUAGAAAAGAUGGAGGAGAUGGUGAUAUUGUGGACGAGAUGUUUGAUAAAAUGAGAGAAUCCGAGCCAGAGUGGGCGGCAAUGGGGGAGAAAUGGCGAGAAUUUGAGCUGGAGAACGAAUGGGGAAGCGCUAUAUUGCUGGCGAGGAAAAAGUAA